AUGAAACGCGGCAAUCACAAGUCGCCUUUUCGCGAUGUUCCAAGCCGCGCUGAAGUUGCUCAGUUCGAUCCUCGUCGAGGGCGUCUGUGCUGUACGGACGAAGAUUUCCGAUUCGACGUCGUUGGUACCCCGCGUUCACCCUGGAACCUAUCUGCGGCCGAUGUGUUUACACAAAGCUUCAUGGCGAAACAUCCUGGCCUGCAGAAGGAGGACGUCGUCAGAUCCGCAUGGAUCCGUCAUUCACAACGCCUCCGUGAGCAAUAUCAAGAUCAGAUGAAGGAUCCUGCUGCUCUCGCCUCUCAACAAAGCCACGUUCGACAACAAGAGCGCAAACGCACACUAUUUGCUCAGCGCCGGGCUAUCACAGUUUACGUCCUGAGCGAUAUCGAACCCCGUGCUCGCGAUCUCGUAGAUGCGCUAGGAGUACACGGAAUGAGUUCGGACGAGUCAGAUCACGAAUUGGGAGAGGGACAGGCCACCUACUUCAUCAAGAAUGUGAAAUGGCGUUCGCCAGCGUUGCUCGUCUGGUUGCGCGAAUUGGAUUCGCUUCACCUCUGGGUCCGUUACAGGGCAGGGUUCUCUGCAUCGGAAGGUAAUUGGCCUCAUUUUCGUGUGGAUGGAAGACGGAACAGUCUGCGCCCGCCGAUCCGCGGCCUCCCGAAGAACUGUUAUGCAGCGACCUUGAAUUUCGACGAAUUCCAGAUGAAAUGGCUCAAACCUAUCUCUCAAGACAUCGCACUCAUGCAUCGCCAGGACGUGAGAGAGUAG